GACCCCCCUCUCCUCUCCAUCAAAACAUCGGCGAGUUUUUGCCGCGUUCCCGGCGAUCCUUCCCCGAUUCAUGGUCGAUGAUGGCCUCGGCCCUCGUGAACAACGUCGGAGUCUCGCCGGAGGGCUUCCUCGACUGCCCCUCGGCGGCCUACUCCUCCUACGGCUGGCUCAGCCCUCGGAUCUCCUUCAGCCGCGACCUCGCCGACGGCGACCAGCCCUCGCCCGCCCCCGCGGCCUCCCUGGCGGCGCCUCCUGGUACCCCGCCGGAGAACACUGAUCCCAAGGCCCCCGCCAAGGACCUGGUAGACUUCGAGUUCCGACUUCACGAUCCCGUCGCCAUGCUCCCGGCCGACGAGCUCUUCUCCGACGGCAAGUUGGUCCCGCUUCAGCUGAAGUCCUCCGUGGCCGAGAUCCGGUCGCCGGAGCUGCUGAAGUCGCGGCGGAGGGCGGAGAUCGCCGCAGGAUCGGACCCCUACGUCUUCUCCCCCAAGGCGCCGCGGUGUUCCAGCCGGUGGAGGGAGCUGCUGGGCCUCAAGAAGGCGCAGAACCCGAAACCCGACGCCCAGAAGCACGCCGCCGCCGCCGUCUCCAAGAACCCGAACGCGAAAUCUCUGAAGCAUUUCCUCCACCGGAACACUAGAUCGCCACCGGCUGACUCGAUCCUGAACCUCCCGCUGCUCCGCGACUCGGACUCCGAGUCGGUGUCCAUCUCCUCCCGGCUCUCCCUCUCCUCCUCCUCCUCCUCCGGCCCCGAGCACGAGGAUCUUCCCCGGCUCUCCCUCGACUCGGAGAAGCCUGCGGCCCAGAUCCCGAUCUCGCUCAGCCGGAACACGCCGCGGGUCCGGGUGGCCCGGCCUACAUCCUCCGCCGCCACGCCGGUAGGCGAAACCCACCCGCCGGCAAGGGUAGUCCGGAGCACGGUCCGGCGGGCGUCGGACCCGGCGGCUCCGCCUCCGCCCCCGCCUCCGCUUGGACUGUCGGUGGACAGCCCGCGGAUGAACCCGGCGGGGAAGGUCGUGUUCCAGGGGUUGGAGCGGAGCUCGAGCAGCCCUGGAAGCUUCCACGGCGGUUCAAGGAUCCGGCCCAGGGGGAUGGAGCGAUCUUACUCGGCCAACGUCCGGGUCACUCCAGUUCUUAACGUCCCUGUCUGCUCGCUCCGCGGCUCGGCUAAAUCGGUGUCGGUUUUCGGGUUCGGCCAGCUCUUCUCGGCCCAGAAGAAGGAGCGGGAUGGACCGUCCGGCUCGCACUCGUCGGGCCGGAGCGGCGCUGGCGCUAAGAUCAAGGGCGAGAAGCUUUCGAGAGAUGAGGUAAAAUCCGCCUCGAAAUAAAAUCAGAAAAAUCACGAGAAAAUAGGGGAAAAAACCUUUAUAACUGAUCUUUCUUCAUAACAAGCCGUUCUUUAUUUUAUUUUUUUUACUUUUUUCUCCUCCAAAAUCUUUUGGGGUUGGGGUUUAUUUUGCUGAGAUCCGUCUGUAAAUAUUGUUUUUCUAGCUUUUAUUUUUGAUCUAUUGGUCUGGAUAUGGCUUUUGUCUUUUUUGGUGGUAAAUUGUUGGAUGGAACUGAAGAAGGAGGCGAAUCGGUUAUGUUUUGUUUUUUCUAAAUCUCCGCUGCCGUCUAUGUUAAGCUUUAAGUGGUAAUAUCUCUUGCAUUGUUCCA